CCGAGGAUGAAGAAGCAAAACGUCCGGACCCUGUCGCUCAUCCUCUGCAUGUUCUCCUACCUGCUGGUCGGCGCCGCGGUGUUUGACGCGCUGGAGUCCGAGACGGAGAGCUCCCGCAGGCGCAUCUUGGAGCUGAAGCGCAACGAGAUGAAGAAGAAGUACCGCUUCUCCGAGCACGACUACCGGGAAAUAGAACGAGUGGUCCUGCAAGCCGAGCCGCAUCGCGCCGGGAGACAAUGGAAAUUCGCCGGCUCUUUUUACUUUGCCAUCACGGUCAUCACCACCAUUGGUUAUGGUCACGCGGCGCCAGGCACAGAUGCCGGAAAGGUCUUCUGCAUGUUCUACGCCGUGCUGGGAAUUCCUCUCACUUUGGUCAUGUUCCAGAGCCUGGGAGAGAGGAUGAACACCUUUGUCCGCUAUCUCCUGCAUAAGGUGAAGCAGUGCCUGGGCUGUCGACGCACCGAGGUGUCCAUGGAGAACAUGGUCCUGGUGGGCUUCCUGUCCUGCAUUGGAACACUGUGUGUCGGGGCUGCAGCCUUCUCCCACUUUGAGGGAUGGAGCUUCUUCCACGCUUACUACUACUGCUUCAUCACACUCACCACUAUUGGCUUCGGGGACUUUGUGGCCCUGCAGAAGAAGGAGGACCUCCAGGAGAAAACGCCCUACGUGGCGUUCAGCUUCAUGUACAUCCUGGUGGGGCUGACGGUCAUCGGGGCCUUCCUGAACUUGGUGGUGCUUCGCUUCCUCACCAUGAACACCGAGGAUGAGCGGAGGGACGCUCAAGAGAGGGCGUCGCUGAAGAGGGACAGGGGUUUUUUAGCUGGACCUGCGGGUCUCCGUGUCGUCGGGGAACAGAGCAGAGGCCUCCGCAGAGAGAGGAACCGCAGUCGCAGCCACAGCACGCUCUUCCUUCCCAUGGAGGAAGGAACCAGCUGCACCAACCUUAUCGCUUCCCCGGCGGAGGACCCGGAGAGGCAACGAAGCCCCUCCAGACACAGGCUGCAUUUUCAGAUCAAGGCUGGCAGACGCAGGCCGCAGUCGAGCCUCAGCUCCCUCUGCUCCUGUGUGUGCUACCGUUUGGGGAUGUGCGACAGUCCUCUCAUGUCCCACGGUGAGCACCGCGGCUGCCACAUCAAUUCUGUUUACUACAACUCGGUGUCCUAUAAGAUCCAGGGCUGCUCGCCGGGCUCCAGGGACAACACCGGACUCUCUUCCCCAGGAAGCAAGUUUUCUCCGGGGCGUAGCUUCCGGGAGUUCCCUCGUUCAAGGAGAAAGUCGGUGUGA